AUGGGCGCAAAUGACGUAGCAAAUGCUUUUGGUACAUCAGUUGGUAGUAAAGUGCUUAGUCUACGAAAAGCUUAUAUAUUAGCAAUUAUAUUUGAAUCACUUGGUGCCCUUUUUAUUGGUUACAAUGUGACAGAUACAAUGCGAAAAAGUGUUAUUAAUUUAAAUUUGUAUAAAAAUGCACCAGAAGAAUUAUUAGUUGGUCAGGUAGCAAUUCUUGCAGGAUGUUCCACUUGGCUAUUAAUAGCAACAUUUGCUCAAUUACCUGUUUCAACAACACAUAGUAUUACCGGUGCAACGGUUGGUUUCGGUUUAAUAAUGAAAGGAACGGAAGGAAUUCAUUGGUGGAAAAUUCUUAAUAUUGUAGCUUCCUGGAUUAUUUCACCGCUAUUAUCCGGAAUUGUUUCAUCAGUUCUUUAUAUAAUUGUUGAUUUUACAGUUAUAAGAAGGAAAAAUCCAUUCGAAUGUGGUUUACGUGUUCUACCAUAUUUCUAUUGGUUUUGUAUUGCUUUUAAUACUUUUGCUAUUAGCUUUCAAGGCUCUAAGAUAUUACACCUGGCUAAAUUACCUCUUUGGUUGUGUUUGUUAAUUAGUGCUGCAAUAGCAACCGUUGUUGCAUUUGCUAUUCAUUUUUUAAUGGUACCAAAACUAAGAAAAUGGAUUGAAACCCUAAAACAUUUUGUGCAAUGGUUUUUACCGGAUAAAAAACAUCAACCGGAUUCAAGAACUACACUGGUUUUUGGUUCCAUUCAAGCAUUUACUGCAUGUUUUGAAGGUUUUGCUCAUGGUGCAAAUGAUGUUGCAAAUGCAAUAGCACCGUUAGCGGCGCUUUUGUCCAUUUAUGCUGAAAUGGAUGUGCAACAGAACGAUGAAACACCAAUUUGGGUUCUGGCCUAUGGUGUAUUAGCAAUUUGUGUUGGCCUAGUGCUACUUGGACAUAAAGUUAUACGUACGGUUGGCUCUGAAAUGUCAAAUAUUAAUCCGGCUAGUGGUUUUACGAUUGAAUUUGGUGCCGCAGUAACAGCAUUAUUGGCAAGUAAAGCUGGUUUACCAAUUAGUACAACGCAUUGUUUGGUUGGUAGCGUAGUGGCAGUUGGUGUUGUUAAAUCUCGUAGUGCUGGCGUUCGAUGGAGUAUUUUUCGAAAUAUCUUUCUGUCAUGGGUUGUCACCUUACCUGCUUCAGGUAUAGUAGCAGCUGGUUCGAUGCUAUUAAUGAAGUUUUUGUUAUAA